CCACAAACGUAACCCCUCACAUCCGAAACACUUGCAUUCAGCUAAUCUCCUCUUCAAUGGCUUCAACAAUGGCUCUGUCCUCUCCCUCAUUGGCCGGAAAGGCGGUGAAGCUCACCCCUUCAGCAGCCUCCAAGCUCAUGGGCAACGGCAGAGUGGCAAUGAGAAAGGCCGUUGCAAAGUCUGUGUCCUCCGGAAGCCCGUGGUACGGCCCAGACCGUGUCAAAUACCUCGGCCCACUCUCCGGGGAGCCCCCAUCCUAUCUCACUGGUGAAUUCCCUGGUGACUACGGGUGGGACACCGCCGGCCUCUCUGCAGACCCCGAGACCUUUGCCAAGAACCGUGAGCUCGAAGUCAUCCACUGCAGGUGGGCCAUGCUCGGGGCUCUAGGGUGUGUCUUCCCUGAACUCCUCGCCCGCAAUGGCGUGAAGUUCGGUGAGGCUGUCUGGUUCAAGGCCGGAGCGCAAAUUUUCAGUGAGGGCGGUUUGGACUACUUGGGCAAUCCUAGCCUCGUUCAUGCUCAAAGUAUUCUGGCAAUCUGGGCUACCCAGGUUGUGCUCAUGGGAGCUGUUGAGGGUUACAGAAUCGCAGGUGGGCCUCUCGGGGAGGUGACUGACCCUCUGUACCCCGGUGGAAGCUUCGACCCGUUGGGGCUCGCCGAUGACCCUGAGGCUUUUGCUGAGUUGAAGGUGAAGGAGAUCAAGAAUGGGAGAUUGGCGAUGUUCUCGAUGUUCGGAUUCUUUGUGCAGGCUAUUGUGACUGGAAAGGGGCCACUGGAGAACUUGGCUGAUCACCUUGCUGAUCCUGUCAACAACAAUGCUUGGUCUUAUGCUACCAACUUUGUCCCUGGCAAGUGAAUUUGAAAAAAAAAAAUCUGAUUUCUCCCGGUCGAUCCUAGGUCCAAGUUCUAUUGACAUAAGAGCUGAUGCUCUUACUAGAUAUUGGACGUUAAGAUUGUUGGGAAUGUACACUACCUUGUGCAA